AGUUUCCUCAUCUUUCCUACAAUUAUCACAACUCAAAUAGUAGUUAUAAAAUUUAUAUAUAUAUAGUUUCUAGCAAACGAAAAAAAAAAAGAAAAAGAAUGGGAUCAAAGGCAUUUAUGCUUCUGGGCAUUGUUAUUGCUAUUUUACUUGUGAUAACCUCAGAGGUUGCAGCAAGGGAGUUAGCUCAGAGCUCCACCACUUCUCUGAACAACGGACUUGAAAAUGACGCCAAAUUUCUAGGAGUAGGACCAAGAUUAGGAGGAGGACUUCCAGGAAUCGGAGGAAGAUUUCCAGGAAUGGGAGGAGGAAGAGGACUUCCCGGAAUGGGAGGAGGAAGAGGACUUCCAGUAAUGGGAGGAGGAAGAGGAGGACUUCCAGGAAUCGGAGGAGGUGAACUUGGAGGAUUUCCAGGAGGAGGAUUUCCUGGUGGCCCUGGUACUGGUGAAUAUGGUGGCGGCCGUGGAUAUUAUGGUGGUUAUCCUAGAGGACGAUAUGGUGGAUAUCCUAGAGGUGGUGGUUAUGGAGGAUAUCCUAGAGGUGGUUGGUAUGGAGGAUGGCCACGCAACUAAUUAAUUAAUUACUAAGGAAUAUAUGUGAAGAAUAUUCAUGGUGGCUGUUUUCAUAUUUUGUGUGUUCUACAGUUUUAGUAAUAGUUUUGUUGUUGGAAGUAUGAAUAAAUGCAUCAUAAAUCUCCAUUCACUUACUACCAUGGAUGAGAACAACUAUGCAAUAUGUUUCGUUAAAUAAUAUGAGAACUUACUUA